AGUUGAUUCCAAGUGAACGCGUCGAGAAAAGGCGAACCCGAUUUUCCCACGACUUCCCUUUCCAUUCAAAGUGUUCCCAUCGUCGAUCCAAAGAACGAUGAACUGGACAACAGGCUCUCGAAGCACAGUGAAGAAGAACCUUCAAAGACAAAAGCAACAGCAGUUCUUUCAAAAGCAACGACAACAAACGACGAUCACGGGCGUGGACUUUGCGGCGCCCGGGAGAGCCUGGGCGAUAGUUGCAGGGAAGGAAAGAAAGGAUUCGAAAUGUGCACAUGGAUCGAAUCCUACGUCGAAGAGCAAUGCGGACCCGCAGGUUUCGUUGGACCUCAUAAACCUUCUCGGAUUAUCCCCAAAGGCGGCGGGCACAGGUGGCAAGAACCAUUCGCGUCGAGCCGCUGUGACCACGCCAUCCCGUGCCUCGACACCGCUCACGUUCCACACGCCGACGGAACGAUCGAUGGAAAGAGCAGAUUCGUCGAGGGGAAACCAAAAUCCUACAAGCAUGGGAGCUGGAAGCAAUGCGGACCUGUCACCUCGAAGCCUACCAGAAUCAACGUCUUCCAAAGGCCGAACGGCGGAUUGGGACGCGUUUCUCACUUCUGAGCACAGGCUCAAGGGGUCGGAGGAAGUUGUGCAGAAAGAGGCAAGCUCUGAAACGCCGGGACAGAUCGAAGAUGAAGAAUCAGAGGAGUUGUCCAUGUCAUCCUCUCCGAAGGACGUUCAGAAAACGUUAACCCCUCACACCGCUAUGGAACAUGUCGAAUUUACAAACUUCUUGAAAGAACCAUCCAUCAAUUGGCAGCAAUGUUCCUCUCCGGACACCUUGUCGUCCAUUGCAUCAUUCACUGGGAUUUCGAAACAUGCGUCUCAGAAUUGGAACGACUUCCUCGCUUCUCCUCUCGGGAUAAUAAUGAAACGCAAAGGCUUUGGUUUUGAUGGUAAGAUGCCUCUCAUUAUGGUAUGCGAAUCAGAGAUUUUUGGGAAAUUACCGUCUUGACUGAAUCCCAGAUGAAAGCUCAAACGCUGGUAGCGACCUCAAUGAGAUAAGCGCCUCCAAACGCCCCGGGAAGCAAUGUUGUGGACAGGACCAUUUGGGAAGUAAAAUUCUGGAUACGCUUCAGCGUCAGGGCGAAGCGAUCCAGUCGGUGGCUGCGGAGAUCAACAAAUUGGCGAGCACCGUGGCCCAUCUGGAAGAAGUUGCUCAGGAAUGGUUGGGUCGCUACGAAGCAGCCACCACCAGCAAACUUGACGUUCAUAGUCUCCGCGUAGACCAUGCUGAGGCCCCACAGUCACCUGUACAUUCCAUUACAAGUCUAGCAGGCGUACGUUCAUAGAAGAUAGGAU